AUGGAAAAUGAAGGGAAUACCGAGGAAGAAUUGUGUCAACUUUGCAUAAAUAAAGAAAAUUUUUCCAAUAAAAGAGAAGAAGCAAAAGAAUGCUUAGAACGUCAAGCUAAAAGAAUGAAACUACAAUCAGAUAUGUCUCAUCCACCUGCUCUUCAAGGAUGUAACGUACGAGUCAAAAUUCCAAAUGUUGACAGGUCAAAAUGUAAUCCACAAUCUAUAAUUGCAAUUGUAUUAGAAAAAACAACCGACGAAUUUUAUCGUUUAGGAACUAAAUACGGUAUACUAAAACAACUUUACGCGAGGUCACAAUUUAGUUUAUGCACAGAAAAGUUUAUUACGCUUAGAGACGUUCCAGAUGUAGAUAUUUGCCUUUGA